UAUUCCGCUGCUCUGAAAUUUCCCCGUGCACAGGAGCGCGCCUCAGGACGCCGCCACCGGAGAAGCACGAGGCGAGGCGAGGCGAGGCGCCGGCCGAGGAGGACACCGCGGUCCCCGACGGCCGUGGUCCCGCGGCAGGGCCAAUCGCUCGCUCUUCUGGCCUCUUGUGCCUCUAGACUUGUGGCUGGACAUGGAUCUGAUUCUUCCAUAUAAGAUUGGGGAUUUCGCGGAGGCGAAGUCCUUCCUGACCGGUUACAGGGGUGCAUGGUUUCGCUGCAAGGUAGAUAACAUGCGUGUCACAAAGUCGGGACACCUUGAGUGCUACUUGGAGUAUAUUGACUAUCCAGGCGAAAAGAAGGAAUGGACUGAACUCUUUCAAAAGAACCCAGCAUGCUCCAAACAAAAAUCAAGUGAGAGUAGUCAAAUCAUGAUAAGGCCUUCUUUUCCUCAGUGGUAUUGGAGGGAUCAAGUUCCUGGGCAGUUCCCAAAUAGUGAUGUCAUAGCAACUGUUUAUGAAACCUGGAAAGUAGGCGAUCUGGUUGAUUGGUUGUCUGAAGGUUGUUAUUGGUCUGGGACAAUUACUAAGUUACUCAAUGAAGAUACGGUCAAGGUAGAGCUGCUGGCACCUCCUAUAGGUGAAGGUAAGCGUUAUACUGCUGAUCGUAAUGAUCUAAGGCCUACUCUUGAUUGGUCCCUAGCAAAAGGUUGGACGGUACCUCUUUCAAAGGCAAACGGGAAAAGUUGGAAUGUUGCUCGUCUGUUUCAUCAUAGAUCUGAAUCAGGUGAAGAGACAGCAUCAGAUGAUGAAGAUGAAGAGGGUGGUGGUGGUGGUGGUGGCAAGGAUGUGCCGCAAUCAGUUAUCAGAGGUUCAAAUAUGUCUCAGGAAGCUCCAGGUUCCUUCGUCACGAAACCUCCAUCCGCAACAAACAGCAAUUCCAGCCUAAACGCUCAGAAGGAUGCCAUCCUCGCGUUCAUGGAGGACUCGAAGCCCAGCUCAACGUCCAAAGCUCCGGACCCUAACCAUGCCGCACAAGCUGCUGCAACCAGCUGUCAACCAGGUACCGGGAGUUCCGUCAAGGAAGAACCCGGCAUCAAAAGUUCCAUCAAACAAGAGCAAGACUCGUCUCCGACAGAGCAUGAGGCUCAUGAUGUUUCGGACGAGUAUCUGAAAAGACUGGAGCAAGUCGAAGACAAACUCAAACACCUAGAGCGCACACGGUCGGAAGGUCAAAUGGGCCGUGCCUGCUAGACUAGCUCAAGGCUCGUUACUGUAGAUAAGGUUAGGCCCGGUUUGGCUGGUCUGGCUCGGCACGAAGCAUCGGCCCAUGUAUAGGCUGCCAUCCGGCACGAUUGGAAUAAUGACGGUGCCUAACGGGCGGCACGAUUAGCCUGCUUUGUCCGUUUAUUUAGAAUUUGAUCUAUCAAAAAUACAAAAAAAAUCAAUGAAUCAUCAGUUCUU